AUGGCCGCCGCGAUCGAUGCCGCCUUUCGAAAGGCGGUCGUUGAUGGAGUGCCACGCCGCAGCGAGGCGGUGGAGGCGGCUGCGGCCAGGCUUUCCGCAACUCGGGCGACGGCGUCGCGCCGCUCGGAGGGGCUGUCGAUGGCGAGCGACAGAGAUUCGGAUGUCUCCCUCGGCGCUUUCUCCGUGGCGCUCUCCGCCGUCGCCUACAGAGGCGUCUCCCGGAUCUUGACGCAGGCGUGGGCGUCACCGAUGCUUGCCUGCACGCUUGCUGCGUGUGGGAUGGUGCUCACGCCAUUCCUGUUUAUCAGCCUCGUCAUGACUGGUCUCGGCCUCCUCUGCUGCGCCCCCGUGGCCCUUCUCGCCCUGUGCGGCACUUUGCUUCCCUCCGCGCUGCGGCAGCUUACCUCGGGCGCCGUCGGCCUGACGCAGAGCGGCGUCGUCGCCCACGCGUUAUCGAGCGCGAAAGCCUUUGCCGUCGAGCGGCCGGUGCAAUCUGUUGCUCUUGUGGGCGGCGUUAUGACCGCUUCGCCCCUCGUGCUCCUCCUCCUUGCGGUCGGCGCCUUUUGGUACAUCGUCCUCUUCCCGUUGACGGUGCCCCUCACCCUCUACCUCGGCUACACUCGCCUGUUGCCGCCGCUGAGGGAGGUUCUCACUGACCCCGCCACCGGAAGACUCGAGUGGCAGUGGCCCAAGCACUGCGCGUAUCGGCCCUACGCCGAGGUCCCCUCGGGCGACUCAGAGGACGAGUCGGACGACGCCUACAUGCACCUUGACGGCCUGCGGCCCGUCCGCGCCGCGCCGAGGAUCCGGAAGGAAGACCAAUGA